UUUCUUCCAUGUGGAUUAAAAAUAUCUAACAUAUUUUAUAUUUUUAUUUGUAAAACAUUUCGUUAGGAAACGUUAAUAAGUCUAUGCAAACUAUCAAAUGUGUAGUUGUUGGGGAUGGAGCAGUAGGGAAAACUUGUUUACUCAUAUCUUACACCACAAAUAAGUUCCCAUCUGAAUAUGUUCCUACGGUGUUUGAUAAUUAUGCUGUCACAGUUAUGAUUGGUGGUGAACCUUAUACGUUAGGCCUUUUUGACACAGCAGGUCAAGAAGAUUAUGAUAGACUAAGACCUCUUAGCUAUCCACAGACUGAUGUCUUCCUAGUAUGUUUUUCUGUUGUUUCACCCUCAAGCUUUGAAAAUGUUAAAGAAAAGUGGGUUCCUGAAAUAACUCACCACUGCCAAAGGACUCCAUUUCUUCUAGUAGGUACCCAAAUAGAUCUUAGAGACGAUUCCUACACUCUUGAAAAAUUGGCUAAAAAUAAGCAAAAGCCAGUAACGAUUGAAAUGGGUGAACGUUUGGGAAAAGAGCUCAAAGCCGUCAAAUACGUUGAGUGUUCAGCCCUCACUCAAAAAGGACUGAAAAAUGUGUUUGAUGAAGCAAUUCUCGCCGCAUUGGAACCUCCAGAAGUUCCCAAAAAGAAAAAAUGUCUCAUUAUUUGAGCCCAUUGAAAUCUUGCGUGUUUCCCAUUCGUUAUAAUAAUAAACAAAUUAUUAGAUGUAUGAAUAGAUUAUCAUUUAAAUAAAAAUUCUAAACCCAGCUCAUUAAUUACCAAUAUAUUGCUUCCUAUCUUAUUAAUUGUAUUGCUUUACCACAAAAACUCGUUUUUUAAAGUUUUAAAUUCAUAUAAAAUUGCCAAAGUUUAUAAUGUAUAAAUUUAUCAUGGCUUAUAUAUAACAAAUAUUAACCAACUUAUCAAUCUAGAUAAUUUUUUCCAAAUAUAUCUUAUUACUAUUUUAAUAUAAAAUUUACCUUUGUAGAAUAUGUUUUUCUAGAAUGUUCCAGGAAUAUUAUCCAUCCACAUAUUUAUAUUAUGUACGAUGCUCAAUAUUUGUUUGCACAUCCCUAUUUAAAUUUUCUUAUUUUUUUAAAUUGUGAAUGGCUGUAAAUAAUUUAUCAAUUUUAUUUGCCUUAUUUUAAGUACCUUUUUUAUAGAAAAAUUUGCUAUAUCAACAUUUUCCCAGUAGGGACCAAAUUUGAUUGAAAUUAAUAUAGUACUUUUGCAUUAUACAGGUACAAACAUCAAUAUUAUACAUAAUUUAAUUUUAUUAAUACUUAUUUAUUAUGAGCAUUUACUUUUAUAUUUCAUAUUAUAUAUAAUUUUUUAUAAUAACUUAUUUAUAUGUUUUUCAUUUUUGUAUUACAUAUAAUACUUUACUUAAUCGUGAGCUUAAACGG